UUACCCAUAGAUAUCACAUAUACGUAGUAUCAGCAGCUUAGAGUGAAGUAGUAGGGAAUCCCUGAUCGAAGUUACUAGUUCGAGGGGAGGCAGUUUAACACUCCUGAAGUCAUGAGUUUUCUUAUCUCGUGGAAACUUAGCUUAAGCUAAACAAUUUCGUUGCGCGGUAACCAGUUAAAGUAAGAAAAUUAAACAUUGCUUCUGUAACACAAAAUAAUAAUUAGUUUAUUCACUUUACACAAUAUCGAACUUCCAAACAUGUUCGUGGAGGAAGAUGUACCUACUAUCCUCCAAGAAUUUGUGCAACCUCACGCAAUAAACCAAAAUAUGCUUAGAAAAUUAAUAAUCGAUCAAGGACCAAAAGGGGAAGCUGGCAAACUUUUCUUUGAAGACGGAAUUCAUUUAGAAGAAACAAAAGAAAUUCGUAUAGAAUUUCUUAAUAUCUUAAAAAUCGAUUAUCUUUGGGUGAUGCCAAAUCUAGUAAAGUUAAAAUUAUCUAAUAAUAUAAUUAAAAAAAUAGAAAAUUUAGAUACUCUGAUACAUUUAAAAGAGUUAGAUCUUUCCUUUAAUCACAUAAAUGUAAUGGAAAACCUAAAUUGUUUAAUAAAAUUGGAAACACUUCUUUUAUACAAUAAUGAAAUUACUAAAAUAGAAAACAUAGAUAAUUUAUAUAAUCUUGCGAUUUUUAGCAUUGGUAAUAAUCUUAUAACAGAUUGGGAACAUGUACUUUAUUUACGAAAAUUUAAAAAGCUUCGUAGUUUAAAUAUGAGUGGAAAUCCGUGUACUAAUAAAAGUGGAUAUUCAGAUUACAUAUUUGCAUUUAUACCUCAAUUGCUUUAUUAUCAAUAUAAAAUGAUAACAAAUGAAGAACGAAAACUUGCCUCAGAAAAACAUUAUAGGUCUUUAAAUACUCUAGAGGAAACAGAAGCUAGAGAAACAGAAGAAUUGAAAUUACAGCAAGAAUAUGAAAAAAGAUUAUCUUUUCUUACCAUUGCAUAUGUGGAACACCUCGAUGAAGAUUAUCUUUUUCAAAAAAUGUUUGCAGAUGAUGAAGUGGGUAAAGAAUUAUCCAUGGUAACUGAAGAUACUCAGAAUGCUUAUGCAGAGUAUAAAAAAAAUUUUGUAGUAUUAUGUCAAGAAUUUUGCGAGCUAGGUUUAAAAGAACAUGAAAAACGAGUCAAUGAAAUAUAUCUUUUUACAACUGCAGUUAAUAAUGGGAAAAAAUUAUCACAAAAUCAGGGUAGAGUAAUUGUAAAUGACAUAAUAAAGAAGAAAACUAAUAUUUUAAUAAAUAUUAAGCAAUCAUUAAAUAAAAUACACGGCGAUGUAGAUACCACUAUUCUUGAAGAAGUGACACAAAAAGUACAACACCUUGCUGAUGACUUUAAUGACAUAAUCACUGAUGGUUGGACAAACUUAAUGUCUCUUGAAAUAGAGUUGCAUGAACAAAUUGAAGAUAUAAACGAUGUAUUUAGAAUUAACAUGUCAGAUAUGGUGGAUUCUUUUUUAACAAAUGUACAUGGAUAUUUUUCACAAUUGCGAAAUCGUGAAGCGGAAUAUAAUGAUACUAUUAAUGGAUUAAUUUUAUAUUAUUUAAGUGGUUUUGGAGAUGAUUCAAAAAUACCAAGCCAUUUAGUAAAUUUGUGUGGAGACAAAGAUACUUUAAAUUUUAAUCUUAAUAAUUCUCAUGAAAAGCAUUUACAAGUAAUAGAUAUUAGAGAAGAUACAAUGAUAAAUCGUUUAAAAAAGUGGCUUGAAGAAUAUACUGAACAAUUAGUUGAAGAUGAAAACAAUAGAAAUAAUGAGCAAAUACUUGAAAUAUCGCAUUUUGCAGAUUCCCAACAAAAGGAAAUUUCUUCACUACAGUUAUUGCAACAAUUAAAUGUAAAUACUAGUGACCUAGAAGCUAUGCAGGCUCUUGGAAAUUAAGGUUUAGUAAAACUUAUCAAUAUAAUAAAUUUUAUUUAAAUAUAACAAUAAAAAAGUGGUAUAAAAUGUUAUAAAAUU